AUGGUAAUCAUUAUCGAACAUGGGUGCCACCAAAUAAGUUUGACACUUUAAUCUACCAACUUUUUUUUCUUUCAUAUAAAUACUAUAUACCCCCUCCAAAAGUACUUAACCAACAACAAAAAAAUAUAUUCUCCAAAAAUGAAUUCUUACUAUUUUUUGGUCCCUCUUUUGCUACUCUCCAUUAUUUCAUCAACCACUAAUGGCCUCACUCAACAACAAAGUAGUUAUGUGAUGCAAAAAUACACAAAAUACAACAACAAUUUCAUUCAACAAUUUUUGGCUCCUCAAAAUGCAGCUCGUUCAAGGCUUAGGCUAAAACCAUUGGUAUGGGACAAGAAAUUGGAAAAUUAUGCCAAAUGGUAUGCAAAUCAAAGAAGGUAUGAUUGUGAAUUAAUUCAUUCUAAUGGACCUUACGGCGAAAAUAUUUUUUGGGGGGGUGGGGAUAGUUGGUCGCCAAUCCAAGCUGUAGCAGCUUGGGUUGGCGAACAACAUUCGUACAACUAUGGGUACAAUAGUUGCAACGGGGAACAAGAAUGUGGACAUUAUACACAAAUUGUGUGGAGAGAAACUAGAAGAAUUGGUUGUGCAAAAGUUACUUGUUAUAAUGGAUUGGGAGUUUUCAUGACUUGCAACUAUGAUCCUCCUGGUAAUUACAUUGGUGAAAGACCUUACUAAACUUUUUUUGAAAGAAAAAAUAAAAAAAUGCAUUUUAUUGGUUUUUGUAUUAUUAUUAUUAUUUUUCUUGAAAUUUUUGUUUUUGUUAUGUGAGAAUGAGAAAAGAAUAUUUUCUCAGUACUUGAUUAAUUUGUAUCAAUAAUGACAAGUGUAAUAUGAAUGGUUUGAAAGUUAAUUAACCAUA